CUGACCUCAUUCUUCAACAUGAGUCGCCCCACGCGCAUGAAUCCGGAAGGGUUCACCGCCCGUCCGAGUGAGAUGGCCUGGGGCUGCGUCCCACAGGCUGGGUGGGUCCCAUAUCCCCCAAAAAUUUCUCGGCGACAUGCCCUCCUCGACACCGUAGGGAAAACCGACGACCCUUGCGACCGCCCAAAGCACGAACCGCCGACCUGGGAACCGAAACCAGCAUUCAAGCCGCCACGAGAGGGUUAUCCCAACGACAUGUGCAACCUAGAUGACUACUCGGGCGACAGAGGAAGCUCUUCUGAUGAGUUUCCUGACGCCAUGGCAGUGAUCGAUGUGGGGAAAGGGACGUCUCAAUCCAUUCAUGUUACUCUUCCAGCCGCCGUGUUGAGCAACACUUCCGGAGAAGUGGAGCCCCCAACAAUUGACGAGUGUUGCGAGUCGAGUCGGAGUUUGGAUGUGGUUCGUUCGAAAUAUGAGGACGUGGUGGGUCCUUUGGAAGAACGGGAGUCUGGUCAUUCCCGUCAAUUCACAAAGUGCAUGAGCCCAUGUCAACCCCUGCUCCCAAAGUACCCCUGCCGUGGCGUCAUCGACGACCUGCCAGACGAGACGGGGUGGACCAAACCCACCGAGUUGGAGGCAAUGUGCAAACCGAGGAGUCUUCAGAAUGGUCAAGGGGAUCCAGGAAAAUGGCAGGACCAACCCCCCCUCUCAGUUGGGAGUUGGGAAUUCAUCGACAAAUGCCGCACUUGUGACUACUACCCCAUCCAACAAGGUUUGGCAAGUCGGUUCAAUCAUCCGGCAUGGUUCAAGGGAUAUGGUUGUGAAAAACCUGCCCACCCCUUUUACGUCACCACCACGAGUGACUAUGGACGCUUCUCGCCAAAUCCGCAUACGAUGACGCAAAUGUAUUUUCCACGUUCCGGUGCCUUCACUGAGGUUCUGGCUGUGACGGGAAUGUACAGGAAUAGGACUCUCAAUACAUCGAAUAACAAAACCAUCGUCUAAUUGCAUAAUACUUCAAAUUAGUUAAUUUAUU